GAGACAGAGGGCUAACAAAUCCAGCGUUCCGCUCGCCGCUUCAGAACAAUUUCGUUAAUAACUGCACACGGUUGUGUAUGGGGUAGGAGAUAUUACCCCUGUAGCAUCGUCCUAGGACGUGUAUGCAUUACUACAAUUUAAAAAGCAGACUACAUCACCUUUCGUUCCUCGAAGAUAUUACCCUUCACCUCGAACAGCGCUUUCUAACAUAAAUUGAUAGAAGGUUGUGAUUUCGAAGUUGAGUGUUUGUUUCGAUUGCGUCAUUUCAAGUGCCGCAUCAUGCUAGACACCUACGCGCCAUUCGUGACGGCCUACUGGUCGCAACUACUCGCCGUCGUCGUCGGUUUCGUCGUCGCAAGCUUUGUUCGUCCAUCCCGUGAUCGCGAUGGAUCCGAUUCAUCCAGAACGGGAAAGAACACUCUCAGAGAAAAUAACAACAUCGCUCAACCGCCUUUGGCGAAUGGCGACAUCGAUCGCCUUGUUGAUAACCAGACGAAGCUCGAGUCAUGUGAACCGAAUGAUGCAGGCGAUACUGACGGUAAUGAUGUGGACGUUGACUGGGAAGCGUUGGCAUCUGGAGGACAGCACAUACCUUACAGUUUACCGCGGUAUAAUGACGAUGAGAUGACACAGCGGUCAAUUCAGUUUUACCGCGACAUGAACCAACGGCGAUCCGUACGACUUUUUUCUACAGAUCCCGUUCCAGCAGAGGUCAUCGAUAAUCUUAUUCGAACUGCAGGAACUGGUCCGAGUGGAGCGCACACCGAGCCCUGGACCUUCGUGGCUGUGAAGGAUGUCCAUCUCAAGGAGCAGAUAACAGAGAUCAUUGAAGCCGAAGAGAAGAUCAACUAUGAGAAGAGGAUGGGUCAAGCCUGGCUGGAUGAUCUUAAGAGUGUAGGGACUUCCUGGAGGAAGCCGUACCUCAAGACAGCUCCUUAUCUUAUUGUCGUCUUCAAACAGUCAUACGGUUUUCGAGCUGAUGGAAGAAGGAAAACCCAUUAUUACCACGAGACCAGUGCAGGAAUCUCUGUAGGAUUACUCCUUGCUGCCAUUCAGAAUGCUGGUUUGGUGACUCUCACAAGCACCCCUAUGAAUGCUGGACCCAAGCUUCGUUCUCUGCUGGAUCGACCAAUCAAUGAGAAGGUACUACUUCUUCUACCCGUGGGCUUCCCGGCUAAGGAUGCUACCGUGCCCGAUUUCAAACGCAAACCAUUAGAACAAAUUCUGAUCGUCAAAUGAAGAAGAUGCAUGUACAAGGUAUAUAUCCAGCAUGUUUAGUUGGAUAUUAUUAGGAUUACAUGACGCCUUUUAAUAGAAAGUUCAUUUUUAUGAGUGUUCGUUAACUCUGAAAAUUGUUCACAAUUCCGAAAUCGUUCGUAAUUCUGAAAUUGAAAUAGGUUCGUUUUUUGAAAGGUUCGAAUUUACGGAGAGGGAAUAUCGAAUAUAGGCAUCUGUAAUGAAUAGAAUGAAAUCUUGAAAACCGAUCACAGAAUUUCUCUACCCCAUCAGUUCUAUCCUCAAUUAGUGCAUGGACAUAUACUGCCCAUCGUUUUAGCCCUUUUUUACAGGCCACAAGGCGGAGCGGAGGAGCAUGAUGUAAGGGAAUUUUUAUUAAAUUGUCUACUAUAGCCUUUAAUGUUCAGUGGUUGUUGUUGAUGUUUUGUUGUAAGUCUAAGUCCUGGUCAAUCAA